AUGGCCACUUCCAAAAAUAUCGACUUUGACCCCUACUUUAUAUUGGGGUUGACCAUCCCCUGUUCAGACUCAGACAUCGAUAAAGCAUACAAGAAGGCGGCUCUAAAAUGGCAUCCAGACAAAGCCAUUAGAAAUGGAAUCUCGAAAGAGGACAGUGAGAAACGGUUUGGCCAGAUUUAUCAAGCAUAUCAGUUUUUGAAGGAUGAAUCUUUGCGGGAAACAUAUGAUGAAGAAGUUGCUAAUAAGAAAAGAAGAAAAGAAUACGAAGAAGAAAGAAGAGCUACGAGUUCAGCCAGGAGACAGGGAUUUGAAGAUAAACUGAAGGCCAGAGAAGAAGUGUUUGAAAGUCGGAAAAGGAAAAAUCAGGCGUCAAAGGCUUCGUUUAAUUUUGACAAGGAAUUGGAAAGGUUAAAGAAGGAAGGAGCCGCAUAUUUGGCAAAAAUCGUAGAACAGGAACACCGGAAGGCCGCUGCCACAAAAACCUCAACAGUUCCGCAAGCAAACUUGCCGGAGAAUGAGUCCAUCUACCACAUCAGUGCAGAUAAACUACGGGAAUUGGAGGAGGCCGAAUUAGAAGGAUUAUAA